AUGGGGUCGUUAACGCGCUCCGAGGAGAUGCGUUACUGCCAGAUGAUCGUCGAGAAGGACGCCGCCUUCAAUAUCGUCGCCGAGCUCGGAAAGAAGCCCUACGUUCAGUUCAAAGAUGUCGGUUACUUGUAUUUUGAUCCUGCUCUCAAAAAUAGGCUUUAAGGGAGGAUUUUAAGGAUUUUUAAGCUUGAAGAAGUGCUGAAAGGAGGGGAAAAGCUUUGUCAACCUAAAGAAACAGAUUCGCUAUCAAAACGGUAGACGUUUUUUGGGUUUUUCAUAGCUUUCCAUACGCUCUCCAGCCUCCCAGAUACAUUGGAAAAAAAAAUCCGAGAAGCCUCCAUUUUUUUUUUUGAAAUGUACUUUAUGUUUUUUUGGAAAAAAAGGGAUAGAAAUCCGAUAAAAAAUAAAUUUUUCUCAGAUUUUUUGUAGUUGAAGAAGAUGAUCUAAAGAAAUUUUACUGGUUCUAAAAUCCUUGAAACAAUUUUAGAAUUGUCCAGGUGAAGCAUACAUUUUUUUCAUUUUAAAGCCUGUAAAGGGUCUUGGACCAUAUGAAAGGCGAGACAAUAUGAAACUGAGUUCAAAAAAAAAUGGUAUGAAAACGAAUUUUCAGCUCAACCCAGACGUCAACAGCUUCCAAAGGAUGUUCGUCCGCGAUAUUCGACGUUAUGACGAGUUGGAGCGCAAAUUAAGUCAGUUUCUUUCAAAAAUUUGGAUAAAUCAUGGUUUGGUCGCAUGGAGAAUGGCUCGAAGUUGCGCCCGACUGUGAAGAGUAAUAACUUAUCGCUAAGCGGACAUGCUCCGGACGCUUCUGGGCAUUUCUAGUGACCACUUUAGGAGCGCCAGCACUCUUAAGUGACUCCUAGAAUUACUCCUUUUUUGAUUCUCAAACAGACCGCAGCUCAUUGAGCCGCUCUACAUGUGAAAAAUAUUUAUAUUGAUUUUUUUUUCAGGAUUCCUGGAAUCGCAGAUCGUCAAGGACAACAUCCCGAUUGUCGGCAAAAUUGACGACGGCGACUACAAAGUCCUGCCCAACUCCGAACUGAAUCAACUCGAGGUAGGGCUGGAUACUGUAGCUGAAAAUUAGCUGUGUUUUGAAGGCUUGUAGUGAAAAUGAGGAUAAUUGAAUCAGUUUCUAGUAGUCAAAUCAUCAAUAUUAUCAAAACUUUCGUGUAAAAUAAAAAUUUCGUUGCGGUAAUGAUGGUUAGCAAUUUUUCGAUUUACUGUAGCUUACUGUAGUUCUGAAAAUCUAAUUACAACUUCAAAGUGGGUACUGUAGUUAUACUGUAGUAAAGGUAUUACGGUUCUCAAAACUACCGUGAAAAAAUAUGCUUGCCUUGCAGUAGCUAGGAAUUUAUCAGGUUACUGUAGCUUACUGUAGUUCUGAAAAUCUAAUUAUAACUCCAAAGUAGUUACUGUAGGGAUACUGUAGUAAAGGUAUUACGGUUCUCAAAACUACCGUGAAAAAAUAUGCUUGCCUUGCAGUAGCUAGGAAUUUAUCAGGUUACUGUAGCUUACUGUAGUUCUGAAAAUCUAAUUAUAACUCCAAAGUAGUUACUGUAGGGAUACUGUAGUGAAGGUAUCAGGGUUCUCAAAGCUUCCGUGAAAAUUUAAGCUUGCGAUUCAGUAGCUAGCAUUGUAUGAGGUUACUGCAGCUUACUGUAGUUCUGAAACGCGAGUUUUUACUCCAAAUUAGUUACUUUAGGGAUACUGUAGUGAAGGUAUUAGGGUUCUCAAAGCUUCCGUGAAAAUUUAAGCUUGCGAUGCAGUAGCUAGCAAUGUAUCAGGUUACUGUAGCUUACUGUAGUUCUGAAACGCGAGUUUUUACUCCAAAUUAGUUACUUUAGGGAUACUGUAGUGAAGGUAUUAGGGUUCUCAAAGCUUCCGUGAAAAUUUAAGCUUGCGAUGCAGUAGCUAGCAAUGUAUCAGGUUACUGUAGCUUACUGUAGUUCUAAAACGCGAGUUUUUACUCCAAAUUAGUUACUGUAGGGAUGCGGUACCUAUAAUUCGAGAACAGGUUUUUAAAAUACGAGCUAUAUGCCCCUUUUUCAUUACUGUGGGAUAAGUGACGUCACUGGGGUACUGUAGCUGGGAUUAGGGCUUCUACAGUACUUCUACAGUAUGAUAUAAGUAGUUUUGACGUUAAAGGGGUCUGUAGUCUGUUUGAAAGGGAUAAGGUAGCAUGCGUUAAUGAUAGUUAGCAAUUUAUCAAGUUACUGUAGCUUACUGUAGUUCUGAAAAUCUAUCUAUUACUCGAAAGUAGUUACUGUAGGGAUACGGUAUCAAAAGUUUGAGAAAAAGAUCCAAAAAAGACGAGUUUUAUGUCCCGAUAUGAUGCCAGUGUGAUCAGGGAUGUUACUGUGGUACUGUAGCUUUUUAUGAGACUCCUACCGUAUUGCUACAGUAGGAACAGAUAAGAAAGAAACUCACAAAUGGUCUUUAGUUUGUUGGAAAAGAGAUAAGGUAUCAAAAAGCCUUUAGAUCUGAGUUACUGUAGCUUUUUAAUACGGUACUUUUAAGCCUACAGUAUAAAAAAUAAUUCCAGGCGACGCUGACGGAUCUGGAGCGUGACGUCAAGAACAUGAACGACUCGGACGCCCAGCUGAAGGCCAACUUCAUGGAUCUGAAAGAGUGGGACGCCGUUCUCGACAAGACCGACGAGUUCUUCCAGGGUGUACGUCUUCAAGGAAUUCUAGAAUCUCCUAGUCCAUUCCAACUUCUAGUCUGUGAAAAAAAAGCUGGAGUUUCUACAGAGAUUCUUAAAGGAUACCUAGGGUCUUAAAACUGUUUCUGAAAGGUCUGAAAGAGCAUGAAGAAUGCCUAGAAGAGACAAGCGACAUUUUUCGCUUCGAGACCUUUGUCCAUGCGCCUUUAAUACUCUGAAAGAAAAUCUAGAAAGACUAUAAGUUGGAAUGGCUUAAAAAAGGGCCUUUACAGGGCGUUGACGACCUGGCUCAAGAAGAGUUUGAUGUGCAGGAGGAGGGCGAGAUCGUCGCCAAAGUCGACAAGGCGCCAGUCAAGUGCGUUGAUUUUCUUUAUCUAUUUUUAGAAGUUGGGAUUCAGGAGAAGGUUUUUCCAAGUUAGGCUAGAAUUUCUCUGUCCAGUAUGAUUAUUUUGAAAAAAAUUUUUGAGUUCCAGGGAAGUUAGAACUUCUUGUGCUUGCUAGGAAAAGCUCUAGUGAACCCUUAAGUGGCUCCUCAAGGGCUACUUGGAGAGGAAGCCCCUGUAUAAGUUACUUUUAUGAGUGUCAGUGGUCACUAUAGUAGCGAUAAGUGGUCUAGUAGCACCCCUUGGACUUCUCAAAAAGCCCCUUAAGGGGUCACUAAUUCUACUACUAGAGUGGCCACUAAAACAACCUCUGUAGAAGUCAAUAUUAUGCAGGUUAGUGGCCACUAUAGUAGCGAUAAGUGGUCUGGUAGCACCCCUUAGACUUCUAAAGGGGCCACUUAAGUGCUAACUAAUUCUACUACUAUAGAGGCCACUACAAUUACCUCUACAGAAGUCACUACCAUUUGUGUCAGUGCUCACUAUAGUAGCGAUGAGUGGUCUAGUAGCACCCCUUGGACUUCUCAAGAGGACACUUAAGUGGUCACUAAUACGACUACUAUAAUAGGGACCACUGAAACUUCAAAAACCUUAAGUGGUCCCUGAAAUUCUGUAACUGCAUUUAGAAACAAAACUGAAUUUUAAUUUUGAGGUUCAGUAGUUCAAAUCGAUCUUAACCAGAAAUUUUUCAAUUUUGCGACUUUCGAAACUUUUUCGUAAUGAUUAGUGAGCCAUGGACGACGAAUAUUCCCUCAUUUUCAAACAAAAAUUUACAUUUUAAGGUUUAAGAUUAGUUAUUUUUCUCUGCCGGAGGGUUAAGAAAAGUUUUUCAGUCUUAUUAGGCCAAACUAAGCUUCUGGACAACUCCUGGACUUCAGAGAAGCUUCCAAAAGUCAUUUUUCCAGCUACCUGGUCGGAAUCAUCCGCCGGGAGCAGCUCAACGGCUUCGAAAGGGUUCUCUGGCGUGCCUGCCAUCAUACCGCCUACCUCAGAAGUGCUGAUGUCGCUGAACCCUUGGAAGAUGCCAAUGUAACUGAAGCCGUCAAAAAAAUCAAGCUGAAUGAUGUUUCAGGGCGAGAAAGUCCACAAGGCGGCGUUCAUCGUCUUCCUCAAGGGCGACCGGAUGAGAACCAUCGUCGAGAAGGUCUGCGACGGCUUCAAGGCCAGGCUCUUCAAGAACUGCCCCAAGACGUUCAAGGCAAGGAGAUGAGCCAAGAACAUUGAGAAGAUUGGGGAUUCAGGAACGCCAGUCGGCGAGGAACGACGUCCGCGCCAGGAUUCAGGACCUUCAGACGGUCAUCGGACAGACGAGGGAACAUCGUUACAGGGUCCUUCAAGCCGCCGCGAACAACCACAAUCAGUGGCUGAAGCAGGUAUGAAAAUGGCUUUCGCGAAAAACGGAUAAAACGAGUUUCGAAGUGGUCACUUAAGAGUACUAAGGCCGCUUCAGAAGUUUCUGCACCUUCCAAGUGGCCACUUGAGAGGGCUGGAACCGCUUAGGACGUUUCUGCCCAUCUCAAGUAGUCACUUAAGAAUGCUGCAGUCGCUUAACCUUCUCUGGACAUUUCUGAACAUUUCAAGUAGUCCCUUAAGAGGGCUGAAGCCGCUUCGAAGGUGUCUGCGCCUUCCAAGUAGUCACUUGAGAGUUCUGAAGCCGCUGAAGUUGAUUUGGACGUUUUUGAACUUUCCAAGUAGUCACUUAUGAAUUCUGAAGCUGCUUCGGACGUUUCUGAGAAUCCUAAGUACUCACUUAAGAGUGCUGAAGCCGCUUCGGACGUUCCUGCACCUUCCAAGCAGUCACUUGAGAGUGCUGAAGCCGCAAAACUGCUUCGGACGUUUCCGAGCAUUCCAAGUAGUCACUUAAGAGCUCUGACGCCGCUAAACCCUCUUUGGACGUUUCUGAACUUUCCAAGCAGUCACUUGAGAGUUCUGAAGCCGUUCAAGCUGAUUUGGACGUUUUUGAACUUUCCAAGUGGUCCCUUAAGAGUUCCGAGUCCGCUGAAGCCGCUUCGGACGUUUCUGAACUUUCCAAGUAGUCACUCAAGGUCUGCUAACCGCUCCGAAAUAGUUCAAAUUCUGGCGUUUCUGUUUCAAAAUUAGCCAUAGGGCGCACUUGAACGGUAUUCGAGUGGUUUUAUAACAAUUUUAAAGAAAAAUAAUAAGAAAAUCAGAGUUUUGGUGAGAAAAUCUUGUUUUGAAGAUCAUAAAAAGUACAUUAUUGUGAAGAUAACGACUUUCAGAUUUUUUUUAAACGUUAUACAGUACUGGCCAUAAAGGUAUUUCAAAGUGGUUAUUCGAGCAUAACUUCUCUGAAAGUGGCUCAAAUGACUUGAAACUUUGCGAAAAUUUCAAAUAGCUACGCAGUAACUUUUUCCCCAAAAAAAGAACUUAUUUGCUCGAGUCAGACCGGAUUUGGGAGCAAAAAAACCAAAAAAAUCGUGAAAAAUCAAGAUUUUUUUCUCUUGAGAUUCGAAAAAAAUCAUAUCUUCAAAGAAACUUCGUUUUCGAACCAGAAACUUUUUUUCCCCAGUAAAACAAGUCUUCGGCUUUCCAAAAAAACCUAAUCAGCCCCUCACCAACCCGAUAGUAAGAGCGUAGUGACUUUUUUCUUCGGAAGGCCCUUGCGUUUUGACGCCUCCUCAUUCAAAUGGUCUAUACAAGGGCAUUUUUUUGUUUGAGAACACCCUGUAUCAUGUUGAAAAAAACUUUGAAACACCCUCAAAAAAAUAGUUCAACACUGAUUUCUUCAGCUUUCUCACUUUCUCUGCUCUCCAGAACUCACUAACUUUACUAGGACCGAUUUUUGAAAUCUCUGAUUUGAAGCGGUUAUGCUCCUUUUUUUAAAAUCAGAAAAUUCUCGAUUUCUCCAUUCAGAUUUCAGAGCUUUUUUAGAACCUUGAUGAAUGAAAAUAAAAAGAAGACCCACUGUGUUUUUGCUUACCUAUUCAAAAGAUACAGUGAGUUUUACUGAGUUUCUUAAAGUUCUCAAAACUUCGCUUCAGCAAGUGUUGCUUAGAGGGCUCCAAAUCUUGUGGAAGAUGAUAAAAAAACCCCUUUUUUUCAUAUUUUUAAAAUGUUUUUAGAUCAUGAGAUAAAUUUGUAACUCCUCUUUCUAGCUCUCAAAUCAAAGAUAGGCACUGUAUAAAGUUUCUUUAAAUUUUUAUGUGAAAAUAAGUUUUUUUGAUCUUGUGAAACUAAUGCUUUUAGCAAAAAAUUAGCAGUCUUCAGGAACUAAGAGCCUGCAAUUUAGCCAAUAUUUAUUUUCAAAUUCACGAUUGAAAAGCGAUUGUUCAGAUAUAAACUACUUUGAACGCCCGAAAGUUCAAAAAAACUGUUCAAAUCAGAGGUUUCAAAAUCGGUCCUAGUAAAGCUAGUGAGUUCUGGAAAGCAGAUAAAGAUUCGAAAAAUCAUAUCUUCAAAGAAACUUCGUUUUCGAACCAGAAACUUUUUUCCCCAGUAAAACAAGUCUUCGGCUUUCCAAAAAACCUAAUCAGCCCCUCACCAACCCGAUAGUAAGAGCGUAGUGACUUUUUCUUCGGAAGGCCUUUCCGUUUUAACGCCUCGUCAUUCAAAUGGUCUAUACAAGGGCAUUUUUGUUUGAGAACACCCUGUAUCAUGUUGAAAAAAACUUUGAAAAAAACCUUCAAAAAUAGUUUAACACUGAUUUCUUCAGCUUUCUCACUUUAUCUGCUUUCCAGAACUCACUAGCUUUACUAGGACCGAUUUUUGAAACCUCUGAUUUGAACAGUUUUUUUGAACUUUCGGGCGUUCAAAGUAGUUUAUAUCUGAACAAUCGCUUUUUCAAUCGUGAAUUUGAAAAUAAAUAUUGGCUAAAUUGCAGGCUCUUAGUUCCUGAAGACUGCUAAUUUUUUUGCUAAAAGCAUUAGUUUCACAAGAUCAAAAAAACUUAUUUUUCACAUAAAAUUUAAAGAAACUUUAUACAGUGCCUAUCUUUGAUUUGAGAGCUAGAAAGAGGAGUUACAAAUUUAUCUCAUGAUCUAAAAACAUUUUUAAAAUAUGAAAAAGGGGUUUUUUUAUCAUCUUCCACAAGAUUUGGAGCCCUCUAAGCAACACUUGCUGAAGCGAAGUUUUGAGAACUUUAAGAAACUCAGUAAAACUCACUGUAUCUUUUUGAAUAGGUAAGCAAAAACACAGUGGGUCUUCUUUUAUUUUCAUUCAUCAAGGUUCUAAAAAAAGCUCUGAAAUCUGAAUGGAGAAAUCGAGAAUUUUUCUGAUUUUAAAAAAGGAGCAUAACCGCUUCAAAUCAGAGAUUUCAAAAUCGGUCCUAGUAAAGUUAGUGAGUUCUGGAGAGCAGAGAAAGUGAGAAAGCUGAAGAAAUCAGUGUUGAACUAUUUUUGAGGGUGUUUCAAAGUUUUUCAACAUGAUACAGGGUGUUCUCAAACAAAAAUGCCCUUGUAUAGACCAUUUGAAUGAGGAGCGUCAAAACGCAAGGGCCUUCCGAAGAAAAAGUCACUACGCUCUUACUAUCGGGUUGGUGAGGGGCUGAUUAGGUUUUUUGGAAAGCCGAAGACUUGUUUUACUGGGGAAAAAAAGUUUCUGGUUCGAAAACGAAGUUUCUUUUGAAGAUAUGAUUUUUUUCGAAUCUCAAGAGAAAAAAAUCUUGAUUUUUCACGAUUUUUUUGGUUUUUUUGCUCCCAAAUCCGGUCUGACUUGAGCAAAUAAGUUCUUUUUUUCGGGAAAAAGUUACUGCGUAGCUAUUUGAAAUUUUCGCAAAGUUUCAAGUCAUUUGAGCCACUUUCAGAGAAGUUAUGCUCGAAUAACCACUUUGAAAUACCUUUAUGGCCAGUACUGUAAAUUAACAUUUUUCCUAAAUUUUAAAUUUGAAACCUUAUUUUUCUCCAAAUAGAGCUGCUUAACGAGUUGAGCCAUUGAAAAAAGGUCCUGACACGAUUUGAAAAAAAAUAGACAGUGCUUAAUUGGUGGAGAGCGCAGACAAGCCCUUAGUCGUGAAAACUGAUUUUUUAGGUCCGCAUGCAAAAGACGGUCUACCAUCACCUGAACCUCUUCACGUUCGAUGGAAUCGGCCGAUUUUUCGUCGCCGAAUGUUGGAUCCCACUGAAACACAUCGAUGAUGUCCGACGGGCCAUUGAAACUGGAGCUGUUCGUUUUGAAAACACCUUCUUUCAAAUGAUUCCAACUCCUAGGAGCGCUCGGGAGCCAGCGUGAAGCCGGUGCUGAACAUCCUGGAGACGUCGGUCGAGCCGCCGACCUACAACGAGACCAACAAGUUCACCGCCGUCUUCCAAGGGAUCGUCGAUUCGUACGGAAUCGCGACGUAUCGAGAACUCAACCCGGCGCCCUACACCAUCAUCUCGUUCCCGUUCUUGUUCUCCUGCAUGUUCGGAGACCUGGGCCACGGCGUCGUCAUGUUCAUGUCCGGACUCUGGAUGGUCCUCAGGGAGAAGGCCCUCAUCGCCAGGAACAUCAAGGAUGAGGUUAUUGUACUUUCCGAUCUCGUCGAACAACUUUUUCCAGAUCUUCGGCAUGUUCUUCGGCGGCCGGUACAUCAUCCUGUUGAUGGGUCUGUUCUCAAUUCACGCUGGGAUCAUCUACAACGACAUGUUCGCCAAGUCGUUCAACAUCUUCGGCUCGUCCUGGAAGAAUCCAUACUCUCACGACUCCAUCGCGACUUGGCUGAACCAAAGCACCCACGGCAAGGAGAUGCUCCUGGAGGUGAGCUGAACUCGUUGAACUUGGCCUGAAACCAAAAAUUGUUCAGCUACCGCCCGAAAUCGCCUACCAACACAGCAUGGGCCCGUAUCCGUUCGGCGUCGACCCCAUCUGGAACAUCGCCGACAACAAACUGAACUUCUUGAACUCGAUGAAGAUGAAGCUGUCGGUGAUCAUCGGCAUCACUCAGAUGACCUUCGGUGUCAUCCUCAGCUUCUUCAAUCAUAGGUUUCCAGAAAAAUGGAGCCUUUUUGUACAUGAUCUUCAAGGUUCUUCAAAUCGAAUAUCGACAUCUACACCGUUUUCAUCCCCCAAAUACUCUUCAUGGCUUGCAUUUUCAUGUACCUUUGCUUACAGGUGCGUUUUCUGAGGCUACUGUAUUUUUGAAGUCUGCAAAUUAGCGGGAAGGUGUGUGCCUUUCUUCAUUGAAAGUGCGCAACAGUCUUCUUUGAUUUUUGUAAAACAAAACUCUUACGGAAAAAAACUUACUUUUUUUGAAAAAAAGGUGUAAAAAAAUACAAUUUUCAGAGAUUUUUUUGUAAUAGGUGGGGUUUUAUUUCCUUCGUGACUCUUUGAAUCCAAGUUUUAUCAAUUUCGUAAUAACUUUUAGAGUUUACCGAGAAGUCUUCUAACAGUUUUUAUAAUUUUUCCAAAGUUUUUUUCUGAUUCUUUUUGAAACGUAUUCUGUCCUUCAUUUUUAAAGAGUUCAAUUUUUCUCGAUAUUAGGACAGAUAAUGAUUUUUAAGCUCAUUGAAAUUAACCCAAUUCGAAUUUCAGUUCUUUCAAACUAUUUUCCAAAGUUUCCGGCUUUGAAAAAGAAAUAAAAUAAAAUGUAAAGCUACUGUAUUUGCCGGUUCCGUGAAAGUACGUACCCGUGUGAAUUGUGUUUUUUUGGAAAAAGUUUCGGAAAUUCAUUUUUGUUUUUGUUUUUUUGAUGUAUUCAACAACGUAUAACUAUUUUUUUGAAUAACUGUACAAUUUAGUUGAUAGUUUUUCUUGGAACGUUUCCUAUAAUUUUUUUAUAAAAAAAUCAAUUUUUUUCUAAUUUUUUUGCGUAACUUUUUUUAGACCAAUUUUUUUCAAAAAAAGUUGCAUGAAAAAUUUUUUUAAACUUUCGGUUUAUCUAUAAAAAGAAGACAUUUUUUUGCAUUAUCGAUUUUUUUCCAGGGUUUUCUUCGAAAAUUUUUUUAAUUUUUGAAUGUUAAAAAAAUAUUUUUAAAAAAAGUAAAAUUUAAAAAUGGAGUUCUAUUUUUUUCAGAAAUUUUUUUCUCAUUUUUUUCUCUUGUUCCCGCUGUCAAUGAAGCUAUAGCCAGUUUGGAAAGCUGAAAAGAUUUUUGUAUAAAAAAAUGCUUUGAAAUUAGAUUUUUUUAUAAUUGUAUCGCGAAAAUUGUAUUCUUUUUCGCGCUUUUUUUAUUUUUGAAAUUUCCAUUUUGCGACAAACUCUUCAUUUUAUCGUCAGUUUUACAUUAAAGAAUGGAGAAAAAGUCUGGUAAUUCUGAAUGUUUCAGAUCAUCCUUAAAUGGAUCUUCUUCUGGACCGUCGAAGACACCAUUUUCGGCCUCACUUAUCCUGGCUCCCAUUGCGCUCCAUCUCUCUUGGUUUCUAGAUAAUUCUUCGAAGAUUUAUCGAUAAAAUGUCAAUUUUAGAUUGGCCUCAUCAACAUGUUCAUGAUGAAAGACCGAGCCGUUGGAUUCGUCGAUGAAUCGGUAGUUUUUAAAAGUUAUUUUUCUGAAGACACUGAAUUUUUUUCAGGCUGGUAAGGUGAAUGGAAUGUGGAAGGAGGUUGACACUUGCUACCUGAGCCAGUGGUAUCCGGGACAGGUGAAUAAUUGUGUAAAAUGGCCGAAAUUCAUUUGAACAGUCUAUUUUCAGUGAAAAAUUUGAAUAGCAUUGCAGAAAAUUUUUUUUUCAGAUUUUGAUACAUUUUAUGCGUUAUGAAAUCAAAUUGCUUGAAGAACUUGACAAAAAAAACCAGAACUUUUCAUUUUUUUUGUUCAAAUUACUUAGGAACUCCAGAGUGGCCACUAUAGGGGCGACAUUGAAGGCCUUGAGGUGCACCACCAGGGACCAAUUUACCAACCACUAUAGGGGGUACUGAAGCUUGCAAAAGUGGUCCCUAUAGGGGACAGGCUAGUCGAUCAUUUUUAUGAACUCGAAGAAGCAUUCUCAUGAGAAAACUGAGAAAUUUUGAAUGAAAUUGAACGACCCCUAUAGGGGCCAUUUGAGCUUUAGGAGCCACGAAGUCACAUCCUAAACCCCUAUAGGGACCACCUUGAUUUUACCCCUAUAGAGACCGCUUUUUCGGUCCUUAAAGGGGCUUUUUUCUCCCUUACUCCUAUAGGGAUCACUCUUUAAUUCCUAAGUAUGAUCCGAGUUACACAUCUUCAAAAAGAAAAUGCAGAAUUUUUCAGUUUUUCCAAACUUUGGUUUGAAUUUUCCAAAGUUACAAUAUCAGUCUUUUGUUGACAAAUUUGAAGAUGAUAAGUUUUUUGAUUUUGAUUUAAAAAAGCAAGUAAUUUGUUAAAAACUGAUUUCAGAGCAUCGUCGAGAUGGUUCUUGUCGUCGUCGCCGUUUUGUGCAUUCCGAUCAUGUUGGCCGGAAAACCACUGCACCAUUGGCUUCAGGAACGCAAAAAGAAGAAGGAGCUUCAUGGAAACCAUGUACGGAUCAAAAUAAUUUGUUAUGUGUAGCGAAAUAACAUGUGAAAAUUGAGAAAUGGGUGAAAAUCCCUGAUUUCAGCUCAUUUUUUCAGGAAAAAAGGGUUAUUUUUUGAAAAUUUCAGGCUUUGAACAAGCUUUUCGAUAGAUUCAGAUUAAAGCUCGUAGACAAUUUCGAGAUCUUCUCGAAAAAAAAAAACAAAACAAAUUCCAGACGGUCCGCGCCAACGUCGUCGCCGACAACUCGGAAAUCGUCCUGAACGGCGGCGCCAAAAAGUCGGAAAACCACGAGUCCGCUGCACCUGCCAGUGGAGGAUCUGGUGGUGGCCAUCACGGUGAAGAAGUACGGCUAUUUUUAACGUCAUCAGUUGAAAUUGAAAUGUUUGAAGGCUCUCGGCGACGUCAUCGUCCAUCAGGCCAUUCACACGAUUGAGUACGUCCUCGGAUGCGUUUCUCACACCGCCUCGUACCUCCGUCUUUGGGCGCUCUCUCUUGCCCAUGCUCGUACGUUUGUUUUAUGUUUAGCUUGAAAAAAAAUGUAUUUAUUUUGUAUCUAAAUUGCUCAAAAUUGUCUAUUCAGGCUUUUUGACGCGAUUCUGAAUGUGUAAAAACUUUCGAAAAAAGCAAAAAGCCAAUCUAUUAGACAUUUGGCGGCAUUUACCAUGUGCCAGAGCCCCUAGGACUCGUCUUGGAAGCGUGGCGCAGUUGGUAAACAUGUAGAUUACAAAGUAAAGGUUGAUGGUUCGGAUCCUCAGGACGGAAAACUUUUUUUGCAGAUUUUUGAAAACGUUUUUCCAUCAUUUUUGAAGAGGAAAUAGUACAUAUAUUGAUUUUAAUAAUUGAAAACGUGUCUUCAAGCUGUUUUAACGCGAUUUUGACUGUUUAAAAAUUUCCAUUAGGCAAAAAGCCGUUCUGUUAGACAUUUGACAGCAUGUACCAUGCGCUAAAGCUUAAAAGCUUCUCUUAGACGUGUGGAUCAGUUGGUAGACCCUCUGAUUACAAUGUGAGGGUCGAAGGUUCGGAUCCUCAAGGCCGCAAACUUUUUUUGCUAAUUUGGAAGUGUUAAAAGUGUUUUUUUUUCAUUAUUUUUUCUGUGGAUGGAAAGGAGGAAAAUGAGAUUUGGCCAUUUUAUCGGUGUUAACAACGAACUUCCUGAUAAUACCUCCUGAUAAUUAUAAAUAGGGGAAAAAAGUUGUGCGAGAUCCACCAUGGAAGCCAGUGCGAAAUGAAUAAAAACGACUUCUUGGCGAAAUUCGUGAAACAUAGGUUCAUAGGCAGAGGCUUGUAGGUUCAAUUCCACUCUGCGUUUUUGCAACAAAAAAACCAACGCAUUAAGAUAAAUCAGAACAAAGAGCAUGAGCAGAGGCUUGCAGUAGUGUGCAGCUACUCUUUUUCCAGGAUUUUCCAUCAGAAAACUUAGAACUCUGGAACAUUUUUCUUGUUCCAGAACUCUCCGAAGUCCUGUGGCACAUGGUGUUCGUCAGCGGAGGUCUUUCCAUGAACGGGACCGUCGGUUUCAUCGCCACCUUCGUCGUCUUCUUCUUCUUCUUCUUCCUGACCGUCUCGAUCCUCGUCCUCAUGGAAGGUCUCUCGGCGUUCCUGCACGCUCUCCGUCUCCACUGGUAGCUCUAUCUCUCGCAGAAAGACACCAAAAUGACGUGUUGUUCAGGGUCGAGUUCCAGUCGAAGUUCUACCUGGGCCUAGGAUACGCCUUCGUGCCGUUCUCCUUCAAAGAAGCCCUCAGCCAGGCCGAAGCUUCGAGCCAAGCCGCCUCAUCUUAG